UUGUGCAUGAAAUGAUUUGACAUCCUCCCGACCACCGAGUGAGCCUGCCUGCCUGCCUGCGUGCGUGCGUGCGUGCGUGCGCGCCCACGGUGAGACAGAGAGACAGAGAGAGAGAAUAAGCAACUUUGUUACCAGGCAUAGCUGCGUCUCCUCCGGCACAGCGCGCUCAAAGAGAAGCGUUUGGCAGUUACGGUUGAUCAGCGUUUCUUUCAUCCUCUCCCGUGCGUAAGAGGCGACGAUUGCGCACACUAACAUCCUGCUUUCUGUUUGAUAUCUCGUUUUUAUUUUUAUUGUUUGACGGAUUUAAAAACACAAGAUGCGCUGAAAACAGCCUACCCAACCGAGCCUACAUCUCCAUCAAUGUGCUUGAGAUGACAUUGAGGAUACCUUAGCAGGACUGUGAGCUUGGCCAUCAUUUUUGCAGAAAGAGAGAGAGAGAAAGAAAAAUGCAUCUUUGGAUUCCGUAUGUCUUGCUAAGUGCAACAUCAGUAUGCACUGUUGAGGUGUUUGGCCAUUAUGGAGAAAUAUGUCAAGGACUGUGUGCCUGUGACGAGAGAGAAGGGAUACUUACGGUGAGCUGUGAAAACAGAGGGAUUGGAAGUGUCUCAGACGUAAGCCCUGCGUACUCCCCCCAAUAUCAUCUGCUGCUCACUGGGAAUCUUCUGAAAAAGCUAUCUGCCAAUGAUUUUAUUGAGUUCAAAGGACUAACAAUAUUACAUCUGGGAAAUAAUGAAAUAUCUGAUGUUGAAGCGGGAGCUUUUAACGGACUACAGGGAUUGAAACGAUUACAUCUCAACAAUAAUAAAAUUGAUGCCUUGAAGGAAGAGUUUUUCUUUGGCCUUGAAAGUCUGGAAUAUCUACAAAUUGAUUACAACUAUAUCACUCAUGUGGUGCCAAACGCCUUCAGCAGACUUCGACAUCUGGAGGUCCUGAUUCUAAAUGACAAUUUAAUAUCUGCUCUGCCUGUAAACAUUUUCCAGUAUGUACCAUUGACUCAUUUAGACUUAAGGGGGAAUCAGCUCAAAGUCCUUCCCUACACGGGUCUGCUGGAGCACAUGAACAGUGUUGUGGAGUUACAGCUGGAGGAGAAUCCAUGGAACUGCUCCUGCGAGUUGAUUGCUCUCAAAACCUGGCUCGAGAGCAUAUCAUACACAGCUCUGGUCGGCGACGUUGUGUGUGAGUUCCCUUUUCGACUUCACGGGAGAGAUCUUGAUGAGGUUUCAAAACAAGAGUUGUGCCCGAGGAGAGCCAUCGCUGAAUAUGAGAUGCCGCCCCUGCCACAUUUGAGCACCGAUGCAUACUAUAGGACCACGCCAGCUCUAGUUACAGCAUCCUUCACCUCAUCUGGGAUUGCGCGGUCCUCAUCAAGACCCACUAAGGGACCUCGACAGUCAGCCAAACUAAAAUCGAGACCCACCGCUCGAGUCCCAUCGAACAAACCACAAAAUUACGGCCAAAUUGUUUCAUAUCAGACCAAAUCGCCUGUGCCUUUAGAUUGCCCGACUGCCUGCACCUGCAAUCUUCAAAUAUCAGACCUUGGCCUGAAUGUGAACUGCCAGGAGCGAAAGAUUGAACAGAUCUCUGACUUAAAUCCCAAACCUUACAAUCCCAAAAAGAUGUAUCUCACAGGGAAUUACAUUACAGUGGUGCAAAGAUCAGAUUUUAUUGAGGCAACUGGCUUAGAUUUGCUUCAUCUUGGUAACAAUCGAAUAGCUCGUGUUCACGACCGAGCUUUUGGCGAUUUGACACAUCUACGAAGACUAUACCUCAACGGGAAUUUGAUAGACCGUCUUACAGCUGAUAUGUUUUAUGGAUUAGAGACCCUACAGUUCUUGUAUUUAGAAUAUAAUGUUAUUAAAGAGGUUACUUCUGACACUUUUCAGUACAUACCCAAACUUCAGCUUCUUUUUCUAAACAAUAACCUCUUGAAAACCUUACCAGAGGGAACUUUUAUUGGCCUGACAUUGGCCAGACUAAAUCUCCGCAACAACCAUCUGCGCUAUCUGCCAGUGAGUGGUGUACUAGAUCAGCUUACUGCACUGGUACAAGUUGACUUGUUUGAGAAUCCCUGGGAUUGCUCUUGCAGCAUAUUGGAGCUGAAAAUGUGGCUAGAGCAGCUUAGCACAGGCACAGUUGUAAACAAUGUCAUAUGUGGAUCCCCCAAGAAACUAGCUGGAGAGGAUAUGAGAUACAUUAAGACAACUAAUUUCUGCCCUAAUAACUCUGAUGUACUUGCCUCCAUGAUACCACCCUCUGAAGAAUCUUUCCCUGGCAGCACUAUCACCAUAGAAACAUCCUUGGACUCUGACACUCAAUACAGCACCAUUCCUUUAUCUGUGAUGAUUCUUGCCCUGCUCCUCGUGUUCAUUAUGUCAGUGUUUGUGGCUGCGGGGCUGUUUGUGGCAAUGAAAAAGAGACGUCAAAAGAGCCAAAAUGAGCAGAAUAACUCCAUGAAUGCUUGCAUCAGCUCUCUCAACAUGGAAUAUGGCCUUUACAAAAAGGGAUCCAUCCCCAAAGUCAGAACAUCCUCCGGACAUGUGUAUGAGUACAUCCCACCUCCCACCGAAUCCACGUGCAGAACUACUGCGCACACCCCGACGGACAACAAAUCAGUGGAUGGAUUUAGAGACUUUGAUGAGUUGAGCGGCACAUUUCUGGGUAACUCGGAUGAAGAGGCAGCCAGUAAUGUAAUAAGCUCAGAAUACAGUGCCACUACUCCAGAGCCUCUUAACAAGCCCUCCACCCCUCACCAAGAUGAUCCAUGCUACUACAGAGACGUACUUGAGCCUGACAAGCAUAGGCGCUACAGCAAUACACUACCAUGCAGGCAUACAGCCCAUUCAUCAAAUCAGUAUACCUCAGACUUUGAUGCAAGGCAUCAAUACGUCCACCCAGACAGAAUACAACAGACAAUACUCUACUGUACAGCACCAAGUACUGUUUAUGUGGAGCCCAACAGGAGCGAGUACUGGGAACUGAAAGCAAAGCUCCAUAUUGAUCCAGAUUACCUUGAGGUUCUUGAAAAACGAACUACAUUUACACAGUUUUAAGAGACUUGAUCUACAGGUGAUCAGCGUGGACAUAUUUGUGUGAUGUUUCCAUCUAAAUCAGGAAUCACAACAUGUUGUAAAAAACAAACAAACAAAAAAAAAUCAAUAGGCAUCAUUAUUUUCUCAACUUAGUACAGUGCAUUGUAAGCUACAGUUUCUGGGAGUCAUGCUUUACAGAAGUGAGUAAUAAAGGGGGACACUGCUCAUUUAAAAGUAUCACUUAACACUUUAUCCCAGGGCUGUUCAACACAUUGGUUUAAAUUUGUAAAUAUGAACAGGCAACUGCAGAUUCAGGGCUCUUAUGACUCAUCCUAUCAUAAAAUACGUCCUGGAGCUGUAUAUUCCACAAUAAUGCGAGGCUGAGCUUUAACUCUCAAAUUAGCUGCAUUUUACGAGUGUUAAUGAACCAUGCAGACGAUGUGUUCUUGUCCUAAAAUAAACCAGGUUUUCGUUACAGACACAUGCAGGGCUGCCAGUUCUGGCUUUGAAAAUGUAUUCAAAGUGAAACUCACACAUGAGACCGGAUCAGAUGUAUUCCACAAGUAGAUUCAUCAGCAUCGGGGUGUUGACCUGCAUGUAGGUGUUUCUGUUGGGAAAUUGUGCUCCAGUGGAAAAUGGAGAGAGACACAUUCAGCUUGGCAGCUCGUCCUCCAGGAUGCACAGCUCUGGGAUGAAAAUAAUGAAAUGCAUUAGCUCAUAAUGUAAUCUCUCAAACCACAGGUUAUGAGACCAGUAAAUCUCUGCUCUCUUUUUUUUUUUUUUUUUUUUUUUUGGCAGAUUGGGAAAAAUAAUAACAAUUAUAAUGAAUAUCCUAAAACUAUAUUGAACCAGACUAGAGCACAUUUUGUGGUACAUCACUAGUGGUCCCUCAAAGCUCUGCAAAUCAACAGCAUUUGUGGAUUAUGCACACAUGUUGCACUUGUGUUAAAAGUAAUGUAUUAUGACUGUACUCAAAAGUGUAACUGAAAGAUACAAUCACGCCUGUAUUCAGAAGUAUUGUAACUAAAAGAAGAUGAGGAGCUUUAACUAAAAUACUGCUUCAUAUGUCACAAAUGUGCAUAAAUGCAGGCUUUUUUCCAAGAACCUUUAUGAUUUACCCCUACCAAAGCUGUCCAUAAAAGAAGAAAAAAGGAUAUAUAUAUAUGCAAACUUUGACACCUACAAGCAUACAUCAAACUAAAUCCUAUGAAAUAUUGCACCUGUGCAACUGGCUUCUUUUGUUAUAUAUGUCUGAAUCUACAAUUGUAUUCCUGUUACAACACAUUUGAGUAGUGACAAUACAAUAAGAGUCCAGUAUAUCUCCAUAUUCUCCUUCAGUUGAAAUACAGUUGAGAAUCUUUAAAGUUUCUUGCCCUCAGGCCUGCAUAAACAUAUUUUAAAUGACUGCAUAUUUUUAUACGAGCAAAUCUAGAUAUUGAGCUUUUUCUCUUUUAUUUAUUUAUUUUUUUCCGUUUUCAAAAAAAAAAUGCACUAUUGACUUCAACAGGUCAACAAUGAUGUCACUUUCUGAAAUGCACACUGUGGUAACGUGCAUAUAGCCAUAGAAACAGGUUUGAAAAAUGCAUACAUGAAGGGUACAUAUGUUAAAAACUCUUGCACUAUGCAUAGACAUAAAUUAUACUUAGACAAUCUGUAUAAACCGCCCACUGCUCAUCCACUCAGUCACCAACUGACUUGCAUACACAUGAUAUUUAAUAAUACUAUCACAUCUCAUAAGUUCUCAUUUGGAAUUUAACACACAUGAAUAUUUAGAAGUACUUUUGUACCACAUUUUGGAUAAUUCAUUUAUUCUAAACUUCAUAGAUUUUUAAUCACAUGUGUUUUUAAGGGAAUACUGAGUGGAUUUGUGUGUAUUGCAUUAGGGAUAAAGCACCGUCUCAUCACUUGGCAUUGUUUGUAUCAUCUUUUUAGUUUGGGAUCGUAUGAAAUCAGGCAACUCGAGUGCAAUUAGCAGUCUGCGUGUUUGUCUCCUUUCAGAGGGUGACUGAUAGGUAGUGUAACACGUGUGUAAGGAUGUGCAAGAGCUUUCGCUGUUAGAUUGAAAAGCACAACAAAUGAAUGCAGCAGUUGAAUGGAUGGAGUCGUCUUUAUGCAUAAAAAUGUUCUAUGCUCUAAAGGAAACUAAGCACAUCAUCCAGUCACAAUGCAGUCUAACCAAUUUCUAGGUCAAUAGUGUAAGCCAAGAAAUGUGACUUUCCCUGAGAGUUUAAUACACAGAGCAAAUUCACAUGAUAUGCAGUAUUAUGCACUGAACCUGUCAUCUUAACUCAGUUAAUUAGAGGUAAUGGUAUAUCUGGACCCUGUCUGCAUGUCACCGAGUAUUACACUGCAGCAUUAGUCAUGCUGUUUACCAAGGAUGCAGUCCUGGUUUGUUGCCUUUCAAAUGUUCAGAAUGAUUUUGUGGUUAUUUUGUCACUUGACCUGUUUUCUGCUUUUUUGAAAAUUCAUGAGAACAAAUGAACUGAAAUCUACACAGUGAAGCAUGACGUGUACCUGCACAGGUUUGUUUUCAAUCAAUAUGUUGCAGUGAAGUUAGUGGUGACAACACUGUACACCUGCAAACAUGCACAGACCGACGCACACAAAAUGUUUUUGUUGUGAACAGUGGCUGGAAUUUAGUUGAUUGUGUCAGCUCUCGAGUUGAUCACUCUUUUUUAAAAUGUGUCGUGAAUUUUGUACAUCCAAACUAAUGCAACAGAUGAGAAAACAGUGAUUUACAAAAGGGCAAAUAUGGUGGUCAAGGAAGUAUUCAGAGGAAGAUUCCACACUUUAUGUUUUUUUGAAUUUAUUUAUUAUGAAGUUUCUUUCAAUUUCUAGAAUCUUACAUAGGCAACUGUGUAAUGGAAAGACAAUAUUUACUGUAUAUAACAGAAAUCUGUAAUAUAUUUUCUCCUCCAGAUUUUUGCAAUCACUGCCAAAUGCAGGUUUUUUUUGGUUUCACAUAAGACUACAAAUACAGAUAGUCCAAAAAUGUGUUAAAUUGAAAUGUGACUGUCCUGUGUAUAUGUGCAAAUGUUUUAUUUGCAAAGAAGAAGAGCUGAAGUCAGUGUCUUAUUCUUAUAUCAACUCUUAUGUUUUCUUUGGUUUGUUUCGUUGGAUUUUCAUAUGAAACAGUACCUCUGAUUUGUAAAUAGAACACUUCAUCAGCAUUUUCAUGCAAACCUGCACCAUCUUUCAAAAGCAAAACCUGGUCUCCUAUUGCAAGAACACGGUACAACUAGGAAUAUGUGGGGUAAAUAUAUCUACAAUGUGCUGUUUCUUUAGUUGUUAGCUAAUGAAUAAAAGAUAUGCCUACAUUUGA